AUGAAUUAUGAAGCAAAUACUUCUCUUACUUUGAGUUCAUCAAGAAAUAAUCUAAACCUAAACCUAGUACUAAACCCUUUGUCGUCGUCAUCGUCGUCGUCAUCAUCAACUUUGGAACCAGUACGAGUUUUUUCUUGCAACUUUUGCAAGAGGAACUUCUACAGUUCACAGGCUCUUGGAGGGCACCAAAAUGCUCACAAACUGGAGAGAACCUUAGCGAAGAGAAGCAGAGAAUUAUGCACGGCAGUUAAGCCACACGCCGGAAUAGACCAGCGGCAGCCUCCAACCGACGCUUCUGGUGGCGACCGGAGCCACUUGCCGGGACUGUUCAUCGGGAUUGAUCAGCAAUCACAUGCUGGUAGGUUUAACAGUGAUAUGAAUUAUGGAAUAAGCAAUUAUUGGAAUGAUGAAUGCAAUAAGGGAGAGAGUGUUGAAGAAGAGCUCGGUCAACUCGACUUGUCUCUAAGGCUUUGA